UUUUUGAAUCGCUUACAAGUCUGGACUUAUAAUAAAAAAAAAAUAGCGGUGUUAUAAAAUAACACCGCUAGGUUCGUACAAAAAAGGAAAACAAAAUCAACAGCUGAAUAAUGUUUACAGUAGUGGCGCGAAUGCAUAAUUCGGCGCUUUUCAGGUGUGCGGCGUGAAUAAUUUUCAAGAGUUUGAGUUGGUUUCAGCGAAUUAUGCUGAGUGAAUAGUGUAUUUUGGCAUCAUUACUUUUGCAGACAGAAGUAUGGCAGACCGGGUGAACUCUCAGCAGAUGAACCUGACGGCAGUGCGCCGUCACGAUCCGUACGUGGAGGAUAUUGUGGACAGUGCCACCCAGGUGGCAGUGUACGAGUACUCGUCAGAGACGAGCGAGUGGCAAAAGACAGAUAUGCAAGGAGCGCUGUUCGUCUAUAAAAGAACGGGUCCACCUUACCACAGUUUCAUGGUGUUGAACCGGCUGAACACAAGUAACCUGCUGCAGCCGCUGACUGGGGAACUGGAGUUUCAACUGCAGGCACCGUUUCUGCUCUACAGAACGUCUCAGGGAAUAAUCUACGGUCUAUGGUUCUUCUACGAGGCCCAGUGUAAAAGGAUGGCCGGUCUACUGGAGAGCCUAUGCCAGUCAUCAGCGGGUGGCGGCGGCGCGCCCGGCUCAAACAAAAACUCCUCCAUAGACCUACUCACACUCUUCAAAAGCGCCUCAGGGCCUCAGCCGUCUCAGCAGCAGCCACAGCAGCAGCAGUUGACACCACAGAAGCCGGUCAAAGGACAGCAGCAGAGGCAGCCGCCGGCGGGGGCGGCGGGCUCGGGUAGCAGACCUGAGACUCCCCGGGAUGACCCGGCGCCCCCACCCACACAGGCGGGGCAGAUCAGCAUAGCUGACCUCUUCGCUAAGGCGUCACGGACCGGUCAGGUGCUGAUUGGUAAGCAGACGGCCCGGUCCAUCUCUGUGUCGGAGGUAGAAGACGCCAUGCCGGACCUGGGCGGUAGACCGCGGCUGCCCGCCCAGCCGCCACCGCCGCCCGUCAUCUCGGCCGCGCCGCCGUCAGGCGCUGCCGCCGUCCGCCCGGCAGCCCCGGUCCGGGAGGCGGAAUCACGAGACGUAGACCGGAUCCAGGAGCUGUUCAAGAACAACCUGCAGCUGGGCGGCGCGGAGCCGCCGGCCGCCGCUCCGGCCCCGGCUCCGGCUCCGGCUCCGUCUCCGUCUCCGGCAGUGAGCCACCAGACGGCGGCGUUCGCGUCGCCCGUGCCGGUUCCGGACCUCACAGCGCCGGUCGGCUCGGGCGUCUCUGUCACUCUCAUGUCGCCGAUGAUGUUCUCCGCACUGGCGCCGCCUAGCGUCGACCUGGGAAGCUCAGCUGGCGCCGGUGACCGCGCCGCGCCGCCAGCCGCGCCGUCGCCCCUGCUGGCUGAUCCAGCGCCGGUCGGAGACGGUGACCUGACCGAGGUCACGCCCCUGACCCGGCGCCAGCUGCUGCAGGCGUUCAAUUAUCUGCUGAAGAACGACGAUGCGUUUUUGGGCCAGUUACACGAGGCUUACGUCAAGUCACUGACAGAGAGCUUCAGAAGGACCUGAUUCACUUGGCUGUGUCAUGUACCUGACAAGAGGGACCGCCCCCGCGCCGCUGCUGACUGAGGUCUGGGCAGCCCGGCAGAGGGGUACAGUCCUCUGCGGCGUCCCUUAGGGCCAGGCCGGCAGGGCGGGGCGGGCAGCGGCGACUGUGCUGUUUUACGUUGGCCUACUGCGGCUCACCGGUGGUUUUGAUAGCGUUUUACCGGGCGGACAGAGAAUGGGAGGACGGCGGGCAGAGGGCGGGAGGGCCGCGAGGAGAGGGCCACUCACGCUACCCGUUCGGAGAGUCUAUUUAUUUCCGGCUAGGAUGAUGACGUUUGAUGGCGCACGGUGACGUUUGAUGGCGCACGGUGACGUUUGAUGACGCACGGUGACGUUUGAUGACGUACGGUGACGUUUGAUGACGCACGGUGACGUUUGAUGACGCACGGUGACGUGUGACGAGAGCUGUGUCCGUGUCAAAGUGAACAGCCGCUGGGCAAUACAGAAGGACCGAGCAGAA